ACCUGCGGCCCAACCAAAUCAAACUCAGUCCACACCUAAACCACCGAAAAAGCGUUAUUUAGAGAACUUAGAGAAUGGAGAAUACACUCGAGUUACAAACAAUGCAAACCAUAACGUUAUGUCCAAUGCGAACACAAAUGGCGGGCAAGCGAUGGGCACGAGUGGAGCCAAGUGUGCGAACAACGCCGGACCACCCAUUCUGGACAUUGAAACGGCAAACCGAGUGAUUGAAAACGCUUUGAGUGGAUCUCUAUCAUUGAGCUGUUCGUCCAAUGCUAACACAAACCGCGAACAGUCGGCCUUCAAUUCGGAUAUAAUCAACGGACACAUCAAUAGUGUGUUAGAGCAGCACUCGAUUGAGACCCGAGAACUGGAGGCACUCGAACGCAGUUCCCAUAAAGCGCGUGAAGAGCCACCCGUCGGGGCCAGUAGUUCGUCGAAAGCAACCCAUAGUACAAGUGUUGACAAAAGUGCAACAAAUAGUAUCUCAAAUCCGGUCAUAGGAUCGCCUCAUAUGGCUUCCGAUGAGGAGGAC